CAAGCUUCUUUCAAAAAUAUUUCAAAAUCCCGCACUCUUCUUCGCUUAUAAGUCGCCUCUAUCUCCUUCCCAAAUUCUUCAUCAGAAAAACCUUUCUUCAAGAACCCUAGAAUCUGUUAAUUUCCCAAAUUGCCCUUCGAAAAUGCCCUCAAUUCCAGAAGAGCCACUGCUAGCUUCGAACCCAGACCGGUUUUGUAUGUUCCCGGUCCAAUACCCGCAAGUAUGGGAAAUGUACAAGAAAGCUGAAGCCUCCUUUUGGACGGCCGAGGAAGUCGAUCUCUCUUCGGAUCUCCGUCACUGGGAAACUCUUACCGCCGACGAACGCCACUUCAUAACUCACGUCCUCGCCUUCUUCGCUGCCUCCGAUGGCAUCGUCCUUGAAAACCUCGCUGUUCGGUUCAUGAAAGAGGUCCAAAUCUCUGAGGCGCGUGCUUUCUACGGCUUCCAAAUCGCUAUCGAAAAUAUCCACUCCGAGAUGUACAGUCUCCUCCUGGAAACUUACAUCAAAAACUCCGAUGAAAAGAACCGGCUCUUCCACGCCAUCGAAAAUGUGCCAUGUGUGGCUAGAAAAGCCGAGUGGGCUUUGAAAUGGAUCGAAGGCGGUGAAACUUUCGCCGAGCGGUUAAUCGCUUUUGCUUGCGUGGAAGGGAUUUUUUUCUCUGGAAGCUUCUGCGCGAUAUUUUGGUUGAAAAAGCGCGGGUUAAUGCCUGGAUUAACUUUCUCAAACGAGUUAAUCUCACGAGAUGAAGGACUCCACUGCGAUUUCGCCUGCUUGCUGUACUCUCUCCUCCGGUUAAAGCUGACUGAAGAGCGCGUGGGGGGGAUAAUAAGGGAUGCAGUGGACAUAGAGAGGGAGUUCGUAUGCGACGCCCUGCCGUGCGCGUUGGUUGGGAUGAAUGGCGAAUUGAUGAGUCAGUACAUUGAGUUCGUUGCGGAUCGGUUGUUGGGAGCGUUAGGGUACGGGAAGAUGUAUUACGUGGCUAACCCUUUUGAUUGGAUGGAACUGAUUUCGUUGCAAGGGAAAGCCAAUUUCUUCGAGAAGAAAGUCGGAGAGUAUCAGAAAGCGGCGGUCAUGUCGAGUUUGAAUGGAAAUGGUGGGACCCAUGAGUUCAAGAUGGAUGAAGAUUUUUAGCUUAUUUUAUCUUAUUUUGGUCAAUUGGGUUGGCAGAGUGAUGAACAGAGAAUCCACAUUUCCACAAGUGUAAUGCUUCCUUCUACAAUUUGCUGCAUCCUUCUAGCGAUACCAUGAUUUGGCAAAUCUUCAACUACGAAGUCCAUUGCCAUUGCCAGAAGGCUCUUUAACAUGAUCUACAUGAAUCAAAGAACAACUAGUGAAAUAUUCAUGGUACACAGAUGCCUUUGCUGUAUUGUUGAGGCAUCAGAUUUUUAUUGCCGUAUUAAUUAAACCUUAUCUUUACAUUUUUAAACAAAAACUGUGGA